GAAAGCCAGGCGGACAAGUCGAUUACCGAUAGCUGUUAACCAUCAAAGAUGAAAGCCGCGAGCUAGCUAACCUAGCAUGAUUUGAUGGAGGCUGACCGGUGGGCGGAAAACCACGAUGGAGCGGCAACGACAGGCAGCGGCGUAGCUUUAACUGGAAACUGAGCAGCACUAAGGCCUCAUCAGCUUGCAUACAGUCAUGAAGCGGGUUCGCACUGAGCAGAUCCAGUAUGCCGUGGCUCAGUACCUGAAGCGGAGGCAGUAUGUGGACACUGAUGGUUCCUUGAAGGGAGCCAAGCUCUUCCAGACAGCUGAGGAGAUGGCUGCCAGCCUCACAGUGCAGACGGAGUCGGGCUGUGCCAACAUUGUCACGGCUGCGCCCUGCCAGUCUGACCCACAGCAGUAUGAGACUCAGUUCUCCAGGCUGCGCUCUUUUCUGUCAGAAACAGAAAUAUCCUGGGCGAAGGAGGUGAGCAGCAUCCUCUACCCGCUCUUCGUCUACCUCCACCUGGACAUGGUGCACUGCGGCCUGAAGGGGGCAGUAGAUGGCUUUUACAGCCGUUUCCAUGGUGCCUUUCUUCAGGACAGUGAGCAGCGCGCCACCAUAGAGCAGCUCCGCCAUGUUCUCACCGCUCAGGAUGUAGCAGCCAACCCCAAGCUGAGUGCCUUCCUGGAGCACAAGUAUGUGGUUCACCUAACGGAGCCAGCCUACAGCUACCUGCUGCGUUACCUGCAGAGCGAGGACAACAGCGCCCUCUGCAGGGCCCUCAGCACGCACCUGCAGGUAGAGGUCACUGCCUCGAGGCGUACAGACUACCAGCUGUAUGGAGCUGCAGGCGGGGCUACAAACGCACCAAACUCCACCUCCUCCUGGGCGGGGGUGGAUGGGGCGGAGAGCGGGGAGGGUGUCGAGGUCCCAGCAGGGAUCCCACAGAGUGAGGCGGCCCUGGAGGCUCUGCAGGACUGCAUCAAGAAAGUUCGGGAAGGCCCCCCCACGCUGACCACCGUGUGUUUCUACGCCUUCCACCACACGGAGCAGAUGUUGAACACUGCAGAGGUCUCGGCCGACAGCCGGCUGCUGGCCGCCGGCUUUGACAGCUCAACGGUGAAGCUGUGGAGCCUCCGAGCCAGAAAGCUGAAGGCCAAACCGCAUCAGGCUGAUGUGUCGCUCAUCCACCUGGCCUGUGACGUCCUGGAGGAGGAGGUGGAUGAAGAAGACAGCUCCGGCAGCGAGAUAAAGACUUUGCGAGGUCACAGCGGCCCCGUGUUUCGUACCGCCUUCCUGACAGACAGCUCCGGCCUCCUCUCCUGCUCUGAGGACACAACCAUCCGGUACUGGGACCUGGGCAGCUUCACCAACACGGCUCUGUACCGGGGCCACGUCUACCCGGUGUGGGACGUGGACGUCAGUCCCUGCAGCCUUUACUUCGCCAGCGGCUCCCACGACCGCACGGCCCGACUCUGGACGUUCUCCCGCACCUACCCACUGCGGGUUUACGCCGGACAUCUCGCCGACGUCGACUGCGUCAAAUUCCACCCCAACUCCAACUACCUGGCCACCGGCUCCACAGACAAGACUGUCCGAUUGUGGAGCACCCAGCAGGGGGCGUCUGUGCGCCUCUUCACUGGCCACCGUGGCCCAGUGCUGUCACUCGCUUUCUCACCUAACGGGAAGUAUUUAGCGUCUGCCGGCGAGGACCAGAGGGUGAAGCUCUGGGACUUAGCCUCAGGGACGUUGUUCAAAGACCUGCGGGGACACACGGACAGCGUCACCAGCCUGUCGUUCAGCCCGGACAGCAGCCUGGUGGCGUCGUCGUCUAUGGACAACUCAGUUCGGGUGUGGGACAUCAGGAACUCCCACGGCGGGACGCCAGCCGACGGCUCGUCCAACGAGCUGGUGGGACUUUACACUGGAAACACCAGCAACGUGCUGAACGUCCAGUUCAUGGCCUGCAACCUGCUGCUGGUGACAGGAACUGCACAAGAGAAGGCAGAACAGUAGCCACGGCGGUCCGGUCUGUGUGUCUGGGAGAAAAGCUGGAAGAUCUCCAGAUGUUUGAGGAUGUUGUCAGCAGUCAGAUUGUUGAGUUCUCUGAGAGGUUCACUGUCACCACCUGCCUGCCGGUCAGACGUUUGUCUUCAGCAUAGGAUGGCUGCAUUCUUCCAAAAUCGGGUUACGUACACAUUUAUGGAUAAAUGAUCAUUUUGUCCUCGCUCAUAUUUUCUAAUUACCAACACAUCUUCUGUAGGUGUCAGUAUUAAACCUCAGUUUCUCAUGUACCCAGUGAGUAAACAGUGUAAAGUUCUGGUUCAGCUAUGUGGUCAGACUGUUUCCUGUGCAGUCAAACAAAAGAUUUAAAUUUAAAAAAAGCUAAAAUUAGUAAAUGUUGACAUUUUCAGAAACAGAGUCAUUGUAAUCCCAGUGUGUCCACUAAAGAGAUCAGUUCAGGAUGUGUUUAGCUUAGCACAGAUACUAGAAACAGGAGGAACUGCUAAAUAGCUAAAACACGACCUCGAGUCCACACUGUAAUUCUGAAAUUGUUGAAAAGACGCAUGUUGUCGAGCUCGAGGUCGUGUUUCUCUGUUUUAGAUACGGUUUUGUCCUGCUUUCAUGUUUGUGAGAAGCUCAUCACGCUCUGUCGGGCUGAGUGUCGUCUGCAGAUAAGAUACCUGAGUUUUAUUAAAGGAAACAAAACAAAUAUUUAUUUGGAUACAUUACUUUAAAGAAUAUAAACAUGAUUUCUACAAAGAAUCCAAAGUUUAGAAUAUUAAAUGUUCUCUAAACACAAAUGGAAAUACAAGAACUUUGCCCUUAAAUAAGCCCUGAAAUGUCUCGGACUUAUGGGAAAUAUUGUUCAUUUAAAGGCUCCUUAAAACAUUUAUAUUGAGUAAUAAAUAACAUUAGAUCAUAUUCGGGGGUUUAACUUCCAGUUCUGGACUCUUUUACCUGCUGGAUGCGCUGAGAUGAAACUGAAUCUUCUGAUAUGACUUUGUGUAGGACGCCAUCGAGGCUCGUUCCAAAAAUGUUGGUCUGUUCCUUUAAAAGUUCUCUUGGUGUGUCACCCCGACAGUUCGGCCCUCUUCAGACCCGGUGUGACCAUCCGUCCUGAGUGAUCCGAUCACAGGUGUCAACGCCCCCAAGAUGUAAGAUGAGGACUGAUUUCAGCCAGCAAACUACUAACUUCAAUAGCACCAAACUCCCUUUAAAAAUCGUCUGAUUUAAGAGGUGUUGAGUGAGGAGAAACUUUGUCAAACCGCUCUGACAAAUUCUACAUUCAGUGUUAAAUGCAACACAUGAAGUUGUUUGCUUCCUAGUAAAAAGUGUCAGUUUUGUGACAACAUUUUAUUGACACUAGACAUGUCAAAUUGUAUAAUUGAAAAAUAACCAAGACUCCCUUAAGAAAAUGCUCAAUUUAAGGAGGUUGUGAGUCAGAAACUGAUAGACGCUGUCACUGACAUUCUUAUUCAUGUGGGGCUUCUUGUCAAUCUGGCAAAUGUUGUAUGUUAAGUUCAACAAGUGGUCACUCGAGACGCGAUCAGGAAGCAUGUGAGUGAUUUAAAGCCGUCUGCUUGUGAUCGGAUCUCUCAGGACGGUUGUUAAUAUCAGGAAAAGGGCCUGAAUGAAUUUGCUGUUGUGGGACAUUUUACAGGAAGACAGUUUUCAGUCUGAUUUGAUGUCACGACUGUAUUCAGAGUUUUAAAGGCUCAAAGUCGGAACAUAGAAGCUAAAGUGAACGAAGGAAGUGUGUUUAUCUUCUGCUGUGGUUUUGUCUCCGAGUCAGCCUGUUGUAAGUUUUAGUUAAAGAGUGUAAAUAGCCUUGUUGAGGAAAUUUCUAAGAAUUAAAGGCUGUGCAAUGCUUAAAAAAUGUAUAUAAACUGUAUUUUUGUAAUAUUUUGGCUACCGAGAGUCGCCAGUCAGGUUGUGUUGAAUGAGGGCUAUAAAAAUUGCUGAUGUAGAAGCUGAUUUAAUAUUUCUGAACUCUUUUCAUACAUUCAAAGUGUGACAAGGAUUUUUUGUUCUUCUAGUUUUUGAAUAUUUCAUUUAUAAAAACCUGGAAUUUGUCCUUUUUUGUGUUUGUCAGUAAACGUCUGUUCGCUCCUGUUGCCCAAAACAAAGAAUAAAUAACAGAAUAUAUUUGAACAGAU